CGCUUGCAGCCAGUUCGGGUCCAGCAAUUGGAGACGAAGUGGAGUGGUCAGUGCGCGCGCAAUUACAGGCUGUGUGAGAAACAAAAUGGUGACCGCCCUGCUGCUUGCGUCUCUUAUUUUGAGCGUCACAGAGUCACAUGAUCAUCAGCAUCACCACGGAACGCAGAAUACGACACCGCCUUUCAGCAAUGUCUCCAUCACAACGUACAGUGGAAGCAGGAGGAAAGGUAUGGAGUUAGGAUGCCAUGAACUCAGAUCCAAACGCUAUAUAUCGGAUGGCCUGUGCACAACCCCGAAACCAAUCAACGAAGUGGUAUGCGCUGAUUGGUGCAUCAUGCCCCCGGGACAAAUGCCUGGACAACAGUCACCUACUUUCAUGUCAAAAAUUGACUGGCGAGAAUGGGCAACCAGACAGAAACAAAAGAAAACGAGCUCCGUCAUGCCCAGCCCGUUCCUAAUGGGCAAUGACACCAUAGCAACGCUGAUGCCCCAAAAAUGGCGGUGUGUGGACGGAACCGCCAAGAAGAGGAGAGUAACGCUCAUUUGUAAAGAUGGGUCACGACGAAUCUACCGCGUGAAGGUGGUCAAACGGUGCAAGUGUACGAAGAAACACAUGAAGCAGCAGGACAAAAGGAAAAAAACCCGACGUCUGGACCAGUCUAAGAAGCGUAUUGCUUGAGUACACACUGCAUUAUAUCAAGUGUUUACAAAAACAGUAGAUGCCAACUACGAAAAUAAAUUUGUUUCCGGAUUAUGGAGCGCCCCCAUGAGACUUGCUUUCUGUAUCGUUUCAAAUUUUACCGAUCGUUCGACAGAAAUUGAAGUCGAUGGGUCAGAUAGUUUACUUGGAUUGCCGUCUUAGGGCAAAACUUGGUAGUGAAGAAAGACGGGGACAUGUGUUUUUAUCAGUUAAUGUGUUUCAAUGCAAGUAUGGGAGAUAUUAUGUGAACUUCUGUUUUUAAAUGUCAACUGCAGUGAACUCCCCGUUAUCAGGCAUAUAUGUGGAAUGCGGUGUGACGGUUACAUAGAUCUGCCGGUUGCAUGAGAAAAACAAUUCAUAAUUUUCACCCUUUCCCAGUCUUAUAUUUUUUUUUCGAAGUCAAAACAACACCUUUACACUUUAGUUUCUUAGGUAGUGAUGAGUGAAAGAUUUUGUGUGAGCUGUAAUGGUCGUAAUGGCACUUGCAUGAGGGAGAAUGGGCAGCGCUACUAGUAGCGGCUGGGAAAACUACCACGUGGUUGGUGAACAUACGCGUAUCACGGGUAUGUAUAAGCACUGCCACUCUAAUGGGAAGGUGUGUGAAAGUGUCUAAUUGAUUCUACACAAGUGUUUUAGGGAUGUACAAGUACACUGAACAAGUUCAAGUACCCAUUCUUCACUCGGCAUAUGGUUGCUUUCCUUGUUAAUAUUACAGUACUGGCCAAUAGUUGGAAGGAAUUCAGAAGGAAUAGCACUAUAAUCAAGAAAUUGAAAUUUGCUCAUGUAACUAAUAAUGUUAAAAAGGGCUGGGAAUGAGGAUUCAGAUCACUUCAAAAAACCCUAAAGCAAUAACUUGCUCAGACAUCACUUCAGCAGACAUGAUUACCUUACACGUUGGUAAGAGUGUGAAUAAAUUUGAAAACAUCUUUCAGUAGUCUCUAUUACAUUUGCAGUAGGAAACGGGGUAUUGAAAAGUCACAUUUUUAUAUAUACUAAAUGGCAGCUUCUGAUUUCAGAUUAUAGUACUGAACUUGAUUUAAUGAACUGUUAUGGGCAUGUGCUAGAUGCCUGUUUUAAAGAAAAUCUUUCAAAUCUGUAAGAAUUGAUUUUCAUUCUAUGAAAGAUACUAAUUACAUUUUGCAAAUCAAAAUAUUAUGAUCAUUCAUGAGAUUAAAAAAUACACAAAAACAAAUGAUUGUAGGAUUUGAAAUUCUCACAGGAAUGGUUAUGAAGAGUUCUGGGAUAUGACAGUAUUUAUAGUUAUCCAACGUUUCAGUGGAACAUGUCACCCCCAUCUUCGGGGCUGAAGAAUAAGUGAAGCAAGUCACCUCUAUCUCCACCCUCCUCAAGAUGGAGGUGACAUGUUCCUCCAAAACAUUGAUUGACUUUCUGUGGACUACUUGACAUUAUAAGCCAGAAGUGAGAACUCUUCAAAUGUUUGUUCAUUCAUCAUGUGCUACCAUAUUAAACUUUCAGAAUUUGUUAACAUAAUUAUUACAAUAUAGUUAAUCUGGUUACUCUUAGGAUUUGUUACCAAAAUUACUAUAAUAUGGUUAAACUGGUCACAGUUCAUUGCUGUGUUGAAUGUAAACAAGUAAUAAGAUCUGACAUCUGCUGAACAUGACACUAAAAUUGUUCAGAUCCAACUAAUGCCACAAAAUUAGGCAGUGCAACUUAAAGGUUGCAUACAUUUCAUCAGCUGUCUUCAUCAAUAAAAUCGUUCAUAUGCUAAAAAGUGCUUGCCAUAUUAUAAGAAUGUGAAUAUUCAUUUGUUUACAAACUAUAACACAGAAUGUCUCCAACAGCCACUGUGUCCUACAGAGAAAAUGGUAUGCCUUGCACUGAAAUUUCCACAAGCAAAGUCAUUCAUGUAAAACAUGCAGCUAUGUCACCAUUAGAGUCUUCUUCAACAGCAAAAUGGGUAUAUAUCCAGAGGGAAUACAUAUUCACUGAAAGCAUUCUAUUUCCUCAGAUGGUUACUUUUGAAUCAGAUGUAAUGUUUUGAAAAGCAUUAAUUUUCUGCACAACCAGGAAAAGAAAAAUAUCAAGAGAAGGCUCACUUCACUCUGGGAAGCCCACCGUCAGUACUCCAACAAUUAGGAACUGGUAAUAAAUUAUCUCUAUGUUAAAUACCAUCCACUGUUCAUUACUGAGUUUUACCUUAGAAAUAAUAUUUUGUCAGGCACACACUUGGGACUUAAUGGAAGCAGUUUUUUCUGUUUAAUCUUUUCACCUUUCUUGCAGAUUAUAAUUACCUUUUCUUCCUACCCUUCAGUUGCUUGCUGAAAGUAUCUUAAUUUCAGCUGAAGAUAGGCUGAUAACCAUUCAACUAAACAAGCUAUCAGGGCCUUUGCAUACAGAAUCUUCAUAAAAUUAUUCACCUCUGGAAAAUCAGAAUACCUCCCAGAUGUAUUUCUGUCUUCAGAAGUAUACAAUGCAUCAACAGAUUAUAUCAACAUAAUUUGUGCUUACAAACUGGAACAGCAUUAACUGCCUUAUGAUUACAGCAGUGAAAAGGUGUGUAGAAAGUUCAAAAUUAUAGGUAAUAAUUUUCAGAAUUAAAACUGCACACUUCAUUGAGUCCUGUAAACACCAGAAGACACA